GUGUCCUCCAGUGGGACCGCAACUCGACAUCGUUCAGUGUCACGUGAAUCACUCAAUUCUGAUUCUGACUCUGACGUCUUCAUUAAUGAGCAAUCAGAUGAGUAUUCGAUGCACCCCAGGGAGAUGCUUAGCUCGUCUACGUUCUAUUUCCUAUUCAUAGCUCUGUUCUGCUCGUCAUUCUAUGCCAAUAUGUUCUACAAUCUUUACAAGACAUUUGGUGAAACGUUCAUCGACGACGAUUUCUUUCUUGCUAGAGCGUUCGCCAUCGGAUGUGUUGCGAAUGCGAUAGCACGAGUUGCUUGGGGUUAUCUCGUGGAUCGGACGAGUUUUCAGGUAAGCGUAUGCAUAGCGACAUGUAUGGCAGCUUCAUUACUUCUGACAAUGCCCAUAACGAAAGAUGUGGGACGUUACCUGUUUCUUUUAUGGCUUGUGGGCGUGUUCAUCUGCAUGGGAGCGACCCAUGCGUUGUUUAUCACUGCGGCAGUGAAAUGCUUCGGUGCUCGUUAUAAAGCGACUAACUAUGGCUUUUUAACUUUUUCCACG